UUGUUAGAAAUCAAAAUGGCGGACUGGGAUGAUGAAGACUUCGAACCAUUAGGCUUUAACGUAAAACAAUCUGAUAAAUGGGAAGGGGAGGACGAAGAAGAUCAGGAUGUUAAGGAAAACUGGUUCGAUGAAGAAGAGGAUUCAGAAAAGAAAUCGAAGCCAUCCGAAAAUCAAACCGAAGCAGCUCCUCAAGCUAAAGUGAAGAAAAGAAAAACAGUCAAACAGGCUAUACAGGAUAAGGAGGAAAAGGCAAAGGAAAGAACUCUUAAGAGACAGGAGGAGAGUAAAUCAUCACAAGAGGAAGAAUUAACAGAAGAAGAAAGACUAGCAGAAAAGCUUAGAAGACAGAAAUUGGUAGAAGAUGCAGAUUUAGAAUUAGCAAAACAAGCUUUUGGUGUGAAAGAUGAUGUAGGAUCUAAAAGUAUAGAUGACCUGAAUCCUUCAACUAAAGAAGAGUUUGUAGAACUGUCCAAAUUACUUGUAGGAAAAUUAUCCAAUUAUGAGUCCAAUGCAGAAUAUGUCCCUUUCUUGGAAAUGCUGUUUAGAGAUUUAUGUGCAAGCUUGGAUGCUGAAGAUGUUAAACGAUUAGGUAGCACAAUAAAUGUCCUCUCAUCAGAAAAAUUAAAAGCACAGAAGGCAAAGAAAAGUAAAAAGGCUGUUAAGAAAGCCACUCUCUCAGGAGCUAGUGCCAAGGCUGGCAGAAAAGAGGACUUGGAUGCAUUUGGUGGUGGAAAUUAUGAUUAUGGAGAUGAAUUUGAUGACUUCAUGUAAAAAUGACAGUGAAUGAUCUUGCCUGAUUCUGUAAACACAACAUAACUUUGUAUUCAAUUGGUUGGAACCUCAAUAGCAUUAAUAAUAACUUUGCAGAUAGUAAAGUUUGCCUCUUCCUUAAAGUAUCUUAACGUGUAAAAAAUGAGAUGCAAACAUCUAAGGGAGUUAUGGUUUGUUGGUGUAAGCCCUAUAGACCAUUGAGAACCCAGCUUGUUUUUGAUAUUCUUUGUCCCAGCUGUAUAACAGGGGUCGUAUGAUAUAAUUCAAGGCAAAGAAUUGAAAGAUUAAUAAUAACUUGUUCUAGUAAGUAGACCUGUAAUACAUUGUUUCUCAGGUGGUAGAAGAAUACACUGAGACAUUUGAGAAACCAGAUAACCUUUGUAUGGAAGAUCUCCUACUUGUCAUUUGAGUAUUGAAAGCACUGCUAGUAAUAGUGGCUACACUUAAUUGAGAUGAUAGAUGCUUAAACUUUUUUCUUUAUUUUUUCUUUAAAGGACCUCGUAUUUACGAUCACCUCAAUAACAAAAAUUGGUCAGAGCUCAUGGACAACACAGAAUGUCUCAAUCUAUUCGUUGCUUUCUUUUCUUUUUGAGUACAAGAGAGAGAUUUCUUUCUUCCGUGGAAAUUAGAUUGUAGAAUAAAAGCAAUGGAAAACGUGAA